CCGCAGCUGCAGUUGUUUCACGUCAAAACAAUCCGGAAGACGGUACAGAAUGACGGAACUAUUGUUGGAGCUAAAACGAGGUUAAGGCUGUAAUAAAAAUACAAGGCUACUGUGUUAAACACGUUAGUGCUAUUUAAUAAUGUUGUGGAAUAAAAGACAAACGUAGCGGCGGAAGCGAAAGCUGUGCACUGUGUUAUGAGUUGAAGUCAGUCAGUCAAGCUUCGCGUUUUGUCCAUGUUAACAUAUCGCAGCAGAUCUAUAUAUUAAAGUGUUAGCUCAUCGAAGACUGAUUCGGAGUCAACAUGGGAAAUGGAAUGAAUAAGGUUGUUGAUGGACUCUACCUCGGGAAUAUAAGAGAUGCAGAAAACAGAGAAAGUCUGGCUAAGAAUGGAAUCACCCACAUCCUAUCUGUAUACAACAAUGCUAAACCCGUGUUUGAGGACAAGACUUACCUUUGUAUUCAAGCUGCUGAUGCUUCCAACCAGAACCUAUCACAGCAUUUUAAAGAGUGCAUCAACUUCAUCCAUGAAUGUCGCCUGAGUGGUGGAUCUUGUCUCGUUCACUGCCUCGCAGGUGUGUCCCGCAGCACGACCAUGGUGGUGGCCUACCUGAUGACUGUCACCCCCUUCAGCUGGGAGGAGUGUCUGUCUGCAGUGAAGGCGGUUCGAUCCUUUGUCGGCCCGAACUGUGGCUUCCAGGAACAGCUGCAGCAGUACCAGACAACACAAGUCUCAGAGUACCGAUCGUGGUUGCACUCUAGUUUCGAUCCCUGUCCUUUUAAUGACCAGGAUCAGGUGGGGGCCCUGCUGAGUCAGUACACGGAGCAACAGGAGAGCCAGCGCAGAAGAGCAGACCGCCGCAGGAUAAAUCAAGGUGUCUCUGCUCUACCGUCCAACCCUGAGGAUCCACAAGGCAGCAGCUGAGAAACGGGCGUCUGAUCAUGCUGAAGCCAGCUAAUGCUGCCUGUAAAUGGCAGUAGUUAUUAUUCUGUACUCAAUUCCAAAUCAACCAUCUCCUCAAAUCUGAAAACAUAGGUUACAAAUAAAUAAUACCCCUUAAAGCUAAGCAUAUCUUUCAUAUUUUAUUUGCAUCUGUUUCAUAUUUUUUUAUAAAUGGAGGUUGAUUUAGAAUUGGGCUACAGACUCUAAUCCACUACCAGAACCUCCCUUGCUCCCUUAACUGAGUACAGCCAAAACCAGAGUAUUGAUGCCUUACUCUUAACACUUCAGCACCUUAGCCAUGAUGAAUGAAGUACACACCUGCAAUGUUCAGCUCAGAAGCCUUAAAGAAGUGUCUGAUUAUUGCAGUCUUAAAGGAACAUUUUGUCUUCAAUAAUGCGGAUGUCUAGACUGCGUGUUGGACAAUGAAAUCCACAAAUCUACAACCAAUUUGUGAAUUUCUUUGUGCACAAUAUUUUGAGGAGUUAUUAAGAUUAAUACCACUUUGCAGUUAAGGCUCACUCUUUGAUCAACACUGAAGUUAGGGAUGUUACUUGGUGGGUUCGACUGCCUGUCAAAUAUGUGAACACCAUUUACAUUGCUUAUACUAGUAAAAUACAGUCACAAUGUCUUACAAAUACACUUGCCACUUAAAAAUGUUGUGACAACAAUAAAUAUAUACCUGUAGCAUAUCACUGCCUGUGUAGAACACAGUUGAAUACUCUUCAACUCAUUCCGACUGUAAUACUUUUUGAAUAAAAGGUCAAGCUACCUACUGAACCAAUGUCUGCAACAGAAUCCAGCAGCAACAGUGGAAACUAAUGAUACAAAUGCUAGCAAGGGAGGAAAAGCUUUGAGUUGGCUGUCAUUACCCAGCCAACAAACCUGUCGCUGAGUUUUAUCUUAUCAGGGAGGACAAAAGAGAACAAGUACAAUAGCCAAAGCCUCUGUGGUUUGUCAACCAUCUACUCAUGUAAGAUAAGCCACUGGCGGCAUCUGUUGAUCCAUUGAGUAACAUGUGAAGCAACGUAAACGAUUGGUCAAAUGUUCCUUUAAUACAUAGCAGGUUGAUUUGGAAGCUACAUAAAGUAUUUCUGAAUAAAACUUCAACUACA